AUGGUAGAAAUCAGUAAACACCUGUUCGAUGAAAAGUGCCGGGACGUCAGCUGUCAAAAAUUAUUCCAUCCUUGGAAUCAGAGUUGUUUCAUGGCGUCCCUAUUUGGAUACAAACAAUCCUUUUUAGGUAGCGCUAAGUUUUAUUUAGUAAUACAUUUGCUACAAAACCUGAUGCGUGGGAAGAAAAUACUAACAAGGAAGGAAUUAAUGCAAAUAGGCGAGUAUUAUGUGAGAUCAACAAUUUUUGGGGCGUUCGUCAGUGGAACUUGCAUUACACUCGGUUGUUUAUUUAGAUUUCUUAUGGGGAAUAGAAUGACCUAUUACACUUAUUUACUUGUGCCAAAUACAUUGAAUGGAAUUUUUAUCUUACUGGAGCCACCAAGUAGAAGAGGAUUAGUCACAAACUUGUUUUGUAGUUUGGUAUUAGAGUACUGGCUACGAAAUUUGGAAUCGUCUGGUUAUUUGUCGUUGACAGUAGCGAAGCAAACGUUUAUAUUUAUGGUAGGCAGUGCUGUAUUGUUUUAUUUAAUGCGACUCGAGGGAGAGAAGGAAAAGCGAACACCCUUAUUUUGGUUAUUUACCCCUGAGAAAGUCAAACAUAACGCAAACAAUUCCAAUAAUGUUUGCCCACACGAUGGACAAUGUUGGAAGUAUAUUUUGAAGGGAUCGUCUACAUACUUCGGAGUUGGUCUCGCUAUAAGUCUAGCGCGAGCUAUUUUGCCAAAGAUCAGGUCACCAAUCAAAGCAUUUUCUUCUUUACGCGGAGCACAUCUGAAGUUGGCGCUCUUUUUUGGAAGUUAUAUCGGUAUUUACAGAUCUGUGAUAUGCUACCUGUGCCGGAAACGAGGAUAUGAUUCGGCUCUAUAUGCGUUGCCAGCAGGAUACCUUGCUGGGUUGUCUUUACUAUUUAAACCAAACUUAGGAUUUGCCACAGCAUCUUUGACAGGCGCUUUCAAGCUAUACGCUACAAUUCUUUAUGAGAAGAAAAUAAUACCAGAAAAUCUGCCGUUGCCGAUUCUACUGUAUUGUUUCUGUCAAGGAAUGUUAUUUCACGCUAGGUUUCUGCAUCCUCACACGUGUCCGAGCUACAUGUUUAGGCUUAUUAACACUGUCUCUAAUGGAAGCUCGGAGUAUUUAUAUUCGAACCUAUUGAAAGUUGUCAAGAGCACGAUUUAA